AUGGAGCGGCGGGCGCAGCAGCCCGGCGACGCGCAACAGCCAGGCAAGGACGGCGGCGGCGACUCUCCUCCUCCACCGCAACCGUUCUCGGAGGUGACGUGCAGGAGCUCUGGCAAGGUCCGGCAGUUCGCGGCAGGGACGAUGGCCCGCUACACGCUGCACGCCAUCAACCGCAAGCUCGAACCCAGGGCCCCACCGGCGCUGCACGUCGAGGCUAUCAGGGACGGCGAAGAGCCCGUCAGCUUCGGCCCCAGCGCGGCCCUCGCGGACUACGGCCGCGGCUGGAGGCUGCAGACCGUCACCGCGCAGGACGUUCCCGGGAUCCAUCACGCGCCGCACGCGGAAAGGUAG